UACAAACGUACAAGCAAGAUACCGACUAUGGCCGACCCUCUGACUAUGUUCAUAGUCAUCCGCAAGGAUUUGAUCAAGACGCUUGGCUGGACGACGGGCAGUGUAAUUGCUCAAGCUUGUCAUGCUUCCACAGCAGUCUUGUACAAGACUCAAGAGCUGAAAGAUACUCGUGAAUAUCUUGCAGAUUUGAACAACAUGCACAAGGUUGUUCUCGAAGUCAAAAACUUGCCACAAUUGGAGUCUCUAGCAGCGAGCCUUUCGGCAUUAGACGUCCCCCAUGUCACCUGGAGAGAACAGCCUGAAGAUAUCCUCACAUGUCUCUCCACCUCGCCUAUCCGGAGGAAUCAGGAAGUCAAGGACGCUUUCAAAAAAUGUUCUCUAUUUAGAUCAUAACUCUCAACAACAAAGAUAAUUUGGCCUGAUGGUGAUCCAUAAGACAUUCAUGAUAGUGCAAUGUAAUGGUGUAUGCACCCAUGUCCAUAACCACGGAC